GCUGCGCCUUUCUUUGCUCAGACACGCACUCUCAUCCAUCAGCGCGCACAGCGGAGCCGGAUGGACAUCUGUACACGCUUACAAGAGUUUAUUCUGCAAGGAGACUUAAGUGAUCCGUCGCUCUAAAAUCAUCUACUCUAAUUUAUCUAUUUAUAUUUAUCCCCUGAAAUGUGUUGGAGUUUAGUUUAGUUUUUUUUUCUCGUCAUUGCGCAGCAACAGAGGACUUAAGAUGCCAGACUUCUGAGGUGACAUCUGUUUUUUUUUUUUUUCCCCUCCCGUCUUCUGAUUUCCCCGUCUUUGUGGAAGUAUUCACAACAGUGUGACUACGGAAGAUGGGGCCAAACAUGAUUCAAGCCAAAGGAAAUGUCCACUCCACGGUUCCACUGGCGCUGCUGCUGCUUCUGGUGGCUCUUCUCCAAGGUUCCACCGGUAAGACUCUGAAAUACAAAGUUUACGAGGAGCAGAGAGUGGGGACAGUUAUUGCACGGCUAAAGGACGAUGUUGCCGGGGUUUUGUCCAAACUCCCGAAUUCCCUGAGCUUUCGGUUCCGCGCGAUGCAGCGGGGCAGCACGCAAUUACUGUCCGUCCGGGAGGAGGACGGGGAGAUCAGCAUUGGCACCAAAAUCGAUCGUGAGAAGCUUUGCGAAAAAAACUUAAACUGCUCAAUCGAAUUUGACGUGGUCACGCUGCCCACGGAGUACCUGCAGCUGUUUCACGUGGAGGUGGAGGUGCUGGACAUUAACGACAAUUCCCCGCACUUCUCCCGCGCCAUAGUCCCCAUCGAGAUUUCAGAGAGCGCAUCUGUUGGGACGCGCAUCCCGCUGGACGGCGCAGUGGACGCAGACGUCGGAGAAAACUCCCUGCACACCUAUUCUCUGACGCCCAACAACUUCUUCAAAAUAGAUGUGAGGACCAGGACGGACGGCGCCAAGUACGCAGAAUUGGUGGUGAUGAGGGAACUGGACCGUGAGGUACAGUCCAGCUACCAGCUGCAGCUCACUGCUUCAGAUAAUGGCGUGCCCCCCAAAUCAGGAUCCACUUUACUCAAGAUAAGCAUCUCAGAUUCCAACGACAACAGCCCAGCGUUUGAUGAGCAAGCUUAUGUCAUCAAUUUGCUGGAAAACUCUCCUCUUGGGACUCUGAUCAUUGACUUAAACGCUACAGAUCCAGAUGAGGGUACAAAUGGGAAAAUAGUUUACUCUUUCAGCAGCCACGUUUCACCAAAGAUUUUGGAAACAUUUAAAAUAAAUCCAGAAAAUGGACAUAUCACUCUCAUCAAGAAAGUGGACUAUGAAACCACUGCUUCCUAUGAGCUGGAUGUCCAAGCCCAGGACCUGGGUCCUAAUUCGAUACCUGGACUUUGCAAAAUUGUGGUGAAAGUAGUUGAUGUGAAUGACAACAAACCAGAGAUAAACAUCAAUCUGAUGUCUCCAGGCAAAGAGGAGGUUGCCUACAUUUCAGAGGGGGCACCUGUGGACACAUUCAUAGCUCUGGUACGUGUUGAUGAUAUGGAUGCUGGCCUCAACGGGGAAGUGGUGUGCAGGCUGCAUGGUCAUGGACACUUCAGGCUCCAGAAGACCCAUGAGAAGAACUACAUGAUCUUAACCAAUGUGUCGUUGGACAGGGAGAAGAGGUCAGAGUACAGCUUGACUGUCAUGGCUGAAGACAAGGGGUCCCCCAGCCUUUCUACCAUCAAACAUUUCACUGUUCAGGUGCUGGAUGAAAAUGAUAACCCCCCACAUUUUGAGAAAAGUCGCUAUGAGGUUUUUAAAUCUGAAAAUAACUCACCUGGAGCCUACUUAAUGACUGUGGUGGCCUCAGAUCCAGAUCUGGGCACCAAUGGUCAGGUCACAUACACCAUUAUAGAUGCUGUGAUCCAAGCGAGCCCCAUUACUACCUACGUUACCAUUGAUCCUUCCAAUGGGGCCAUCUACGCCUUACGCAGCUUUGAUCAUGAGGACGUCAGCCGUGUUGCCUUCACUGUCCAAGCUCGUGACAGUGGGAACCCUGCACUGUCAACCAACACCACUGUUCUCCUCACCGUUAUGGAUGAAAAUGACAACCCACCCAUCAUCCACUCACCUUCUCUCCGGAACCACACAGCUGAACUUCCAGUGUGGAAGUAUGCAUCACCUGGUCAGCUGAUCAGUACUCUGAAAAUCACAGACCGGGACUCUGGUGCUAAUGGAGAGGUGAGCUGUUCCAUUGUUGGGGGUAAUGAAGACGGGUUGUUUGUGAUGGAUGCCCGGCGGUGUGAGCUCAGAACUAAUGCCAGCCUGGAGCAGGCCCCACGGGAUGUGAUGGAGAUUAGUAUUGAGGUACAGGACAGAGGAACUAGUCGGCUAACCACAGGAGCCCUCUUUAGGCUCUUUCUGCAGGAGAACAUGGACAUCCUCCCUCCUCUUUAUCCCACUGGAUCCAGCCAGGCCUCGCUGGAUCUCUCUCUCAUUGUCAUCAUUUCUCUCGGUGGUGUCUGUGCUCUGCUGCUCAUCGUGAUGGUGAUGUUUGCAACGGCCCGCUGCAGCCGUGAGAAAAAAGACCCCAGGCACAACUAUAAUUGUCGUGUGGCUGAGAACAGUUACCAGAACCACCCUAAGAAGCCUGCCAGGCAGAUCCACAAGGCAGACAUUACUUUGGUGCCCACUGUCAACGGAACCUUACCUGUUCGGUCUCACCCACGAUCUCCCUUACCUUCCCCAACUCCUGAGAGAGGCACUCUGGUGAGCAGACAUAGCCAUCAUAGUCGGCAGUCUCUCAACAGCCUAGUGACUAUAUCUUCCAAUCACGUGGCUGAGAACUUUGCCUUGGAGCUAGCCCAUGCCACACCUCCUGUUGAGCAAGUCUCACAGCUUCUGUCCAUGCUCCAUCAGGGCCAGUACCAGCCACGACCAAGUUUCAGAGGCAACAAAUACACUAGGAGCUACAGAUAUGCUCUCAAUGAGAUGGAUAAGUUCAGUCUGAAGGACAGCGGUCGUGGAGACAGUGAAGCUGGUGACAGUGACUACGAACCUGGAAGGGAGUCACCCAUCGACAGGCUCCUUGGUGAGGCCUUUACUGAGCUAUAUUCCCCUGAUGGCCAGCACUGUUCGCAUGCAGCUAUGAAGCUCUGCACAGAGGAGUGCCGAGUUCUGGGCCAUUCCGAUCAGUGCUGGAUGCCCCCACUGGGCUGCCCUGCUUCUUCCUCUGCUGACUACCGUAGCAAUCUCUACAUUCCUGGGGAGGAAGCUCAUCAGGCCACUGACAUCACUCAGGAACAGGUCCCCCAGCCUUGCACUGACACCUGCACUGCUCGCAAUCAGAGCUUUUCCACUUUUGGCAAAGACCUAGGUGGGGAAGAUGGUGCAGAAGAGGAUGGGCUGGAGGGGGGCUCCAAGUCUACAGACGAAGACCUGUGUGGGACCACCUCACUGCUGUCGGAGAUGAGCAGCGUGUUCCAGAGGUUGCUACCGCAGGGUCUGGAUUCUUAUGUCCAGGUCAAUGAGAACCAGAAGGGGACUAGCUUGAGUGGUGUUGGCGUUCCCAUGACGGGAUCUUUAGACCGUCGGAGGGGUCAUCUACCUGGAAAGCCCAGCCCCUCAGUUUACCAGCAGGGUGUAGCAGCCUGGGCUGCCAAUACUCACUUCCAAAAUCCAGGAAGUAGCAUCGGCCCAUCUGGGCAGCAUCAGGGUGGCAGCUAUCACACCCUCAAAGCCAACACUAAGCUCAGCUGCCAAAGCAGCAACAAUAAAGGAUCACAGGCACCUAAAAACAGCCCCCAAAACAGCGGCCACAGCCCGAAACCCACCAGCAACCCCCUCCUGACCGGACUGGUCAGCCCAACACUGGUGCAGACUUCUUUGACCCAGCCCCCAGUACAAGCCAUGCUCAAUGGGCCCUCUUCAAAAUGGCUUCCAGCCAUGGAGGAGAUCCCAGAGAACUAUGAGGAGGAUGAUUUUGACUCGGUGCUCAGCCACCUUCAGGGCAAGCGCAGUGACAGCCGGCAUGAGCUGGUGGACGCCAGCGAGCUGGUGGCUGAGAUCAACAAACUCUUACAGGAUGUCCGGCAGACAUAAAGGCCCAUCUGCUUAUUUAUUACUGGAUGCUCAUUGUUUCCUUUUAUGAAGAACAAAACUGUGGGUAAGCAUAAAAGAAAAACAGCUAAGUAACUCUUGUAAGAAUAAAAAGACAUAAAAGUGAGACCUGCAAUUGUCGUUAAAGUUGCAUUUCUUCUGAAAUGUUUGUGUUUUGUGAAUGCUAAAUAUCCAAAUAAAAUGUUUGUAAAUGCUGUUUGGUACACAAUGUACAAUAUGUGACUGUAUUUAUCUUUGUAUUUUAAAAAUACAUUUGUAUUCUUAUAUUUAUAAAAAAAAGUGUAUAUAAAUUUAAUCAAAAGUCUAUUUUUAUAAUUUAAUGCAUGUUGAGUACAGGAACGAUGAAUCAAAACUUUGACAUGCGAUUGACAUUCUGCAUAUUUAAAACUCUUUUGUAUUGUGAUUCUUUUUUAACUGUCAAUAAUAUAUGUAUACCUGAGUAUACAUAUAUUAUGUAUAUUAUAUUAUUAUAUUAUAUAUUAAGUGUCCCAUAAUUAUUGGACACUUAUUGUUGUGACUUAUUGUGAAGAGAAGAGGAGGGUAGAAGAAUAAAACAAUUGACAAACCUCUGAUGGUUAUGUUUUUGCUGGUGAUUGUCAAAUGUAAAUAUUCAUUUGCUAGCAUAAUGAAUAUUUAUGCUAGUGUAACCUGGUUGAAUUUAUAUGUUGUUAUAAUUACUCAAAAUGUUUUUCUUUGGUUAUUUGUAUGGGUUCCUACCUGACUGAAAAUCUGUUAUUGUUUUAACUGUGUUACUUUAAGAACGGAAGCCCCUCCCCUUUUGUUUCUUCCUCUGUGGUAUUGCCUUUAAAAUGUUUGCGUCCCUUAGACCCUCCCCUUUUGUUGUCCUGUGGGAGAGGUGUGUACUAUUUAUUUUGUAUCUAAAUACAUCCAGUUUAUUUAUAGAUUUAUUAAGUUAAUUUCUGUUAUGUACUUUUGUUUAUGUAGGGCUUGGAGCGGGCAGCCUGAAAAAACGGUUAUUUCUAUUUGUUAUUCUUGUCAGGUAUGUUGUAUAGAAAGGUUUAUUUUGCAUAUUUAACAUGUUGUGAGCUAAGACCCGCCCCUUUUUGUCGUGUUGUCCUGUGGGAGAGGGCUUGGAGCGGGCAGCCUGUAACACGGUUAUUUCUAUUUGUUAUUCUUGUCAGAAUAAACCCUUUUAAAGGUGAA